AUAUUCAAGGAGCACGUCAAUCCGAAACGGACUAACAUCAUUUUAGGAUCUGUUCAUUUUACAUUUAAAUGUUGUGGUCAACUGUCGUCUUAAAUCAACACCUGACAUGUCCAAACCUGCGCUACUUUCACUCCAUCAAGCCUUGAGGAAAUGCUUCCAGAAUCUUGAAAACAACCAGAAAGUAUGGGAGAGUAUGUUGACCGAAUGCAGCCCCCUGAUGGUGUCUCUAGGUAACUUGGCGGAGCAGUCUCGAGCGCUUUCAAACAUCCAAAUCUCCAACACACCGCUCAAAGACUUUCCUGAUCUGGAGGAGCGGCUGCGUUUCAAGCUCCAACUAUCCACGGAUACAGUGCUGGGAAAACUCAACGAGAAUAUGUCUUCUCUACAGUCUGUCAGAGAUUCCAUCAGUAACCAGGUCUCCGCGGUGGUCCAUCUUUACGAGCAGAACGCAGACAUUCUGGAUCUGCUCACUGUGACGGAGCGAUCUGCCACCGGACCCUCAGUGUCCGACAUGAUGGGGUGGCUGCACGAUGCUGAGCGUCACUUUCGGCAACAAUUUCUGAGGAGGAAGACUGUGCUGCAGUCUCUGAGGCCAGAUGAUCUCUCCCUUUUAGAAUCUGCCCCCAAAAGAUGGAAAUCUUUGGAGUCUCCCAGUGCAGGAGAUCAUAUCAGAGAUACACUUUGCAAAGUGCACUUCUUUAUUGAGUCCCAAUGAGGAGAGGAAAAGCGACAGAAGUGCAACUCUGACCAGAUUUAAAUAUGACUGCAUUUCUAUGAAGAAGAGAAGAGCAUCAAUUGUAAAGAUGGACGAUUUUUCUGGCGAUGAAAUGGAAAAUACUCUUUGAAAUAAAUGUCCCUGCACACGUUCAUAGAUUGGAAUUUUGCGCAUGGACCAGACAUUUUAUGGUAAUUGAAGAUGAAGAGGAAAUUAUAAAAAUGUUCUAAAGAAAUAACCCAGUUGCGAAAUGUCAUACUUGACAACAUUGUUGACUGUGAUGUGUUUUUGUCAAACAACUAGCAACAAUAACAAUUGUAAGUGAGACACGCUCUAACAAACUUAUUUUAUUUCACACUUUCAAUGUAGGCACACGCAGUCAAGGCUUUAUGUGACAAAUAAAGAGGUAAUGACA